CAGGAAAGGGGUGGAAACAGCCCAAAAUCCCAGGAAAAGGGAGGUCGGGACAAAGAGGCCGCGCCGAGGGGGUGCCGAGGGCAACUGGGAUGCUCCGGGCAGCCCGAGGCUGAGGGGCCAUGUCCUCGCUGCUGUCCCUCCAGGAGGAGAACAGGAUCCUGCAGCAGGAGCUGUCCCGGGUGGAGGAUCUGCUGGCCCAGAGCCGGGCGGAGCGCGAUGAGUUGGCCAUCAAGUACAACGCCAUCAGCGAGAGGCUGGAGCAAUCCCUGCGCACGGAGGCGGGAGAGCGGGAAGCGGCCGAGAGCCGGAGCCUGGCCCAGCACAACAUCGAGCUCCGGAGGCUCCUGGAGGAGGAACAAGCCGCCUACAAGCGGAAGCUCCAGGCCUACCAGGAGGGGCAGCAGAGACAGGCCCAGCUCGUGCAGAAGCUCCAGGCCAAGGUGCUGCAGUACAAGAAGAAAUGUGGGGAAGUGGAGCAGCAGCUGCUGGAGAAGGCGACAGAGCUGGAGCAGGAGAGGCUGACGAUCCAGCUGGAUGCCAGCGGCUCCCAGCCGGAGGAGGAGAGCAGCAACGAGCUGGAGAACGCCCUGAUCCGGCUGGAAGAGGAGCAGCAGAGGAGCAGCAGCCUGGUGCAGGUGAACUCGAUGCUGAGGGAGCAGCUGGAACAGGCCAACGCGGCCAACGCGGCACUGAGCGAGGACAUCCGGAAGCUCACGGCAGACUGGGCACGGAGCAGGGAUGAGCUGGAGCAGAGGGAGGCCGAGUGGAGGCGCGAGGAGGAGUCCUUCAACGCCUACUUCAGCACGGAGCACAGCCGGCUCCUGACCCUCUGGAGGCAGGUGGUGGCUCUGCGGCGGCACUUCGGGGACAUGAAAUCCAGCACCGAGAGGGACCUGUCGGAGCUGGGCCACGAGAUGUCCCGGGCGGGCCGCGCCGCCCACGCCGCCUGCCUGGCCCUGGGGGCCAACCUGCGCCUGGCCGAGAGCCAGGCGGGAGCGGCGCGGGAGCGGCGGGAGCUGCGCCUGGCACAGCUGGAGGAGCAGCUGGCGGCGCGGGCACGGGAUGCCGACCUGGAGAAAUCCGCCCUGGGAGCCAAGCUGGAGGAGAUGACGGCGGCGCUGGAGCGGCGGCGGGGCGAGGACGAGGAGAGGGAGCGGGCGGUGCAGGCGCUGACCCUGCAGCUGCGGGAGCUGGAGGCCGCGCGCGCCCGGGAGCCGCCGCCGGAGGAGGUGCAGGCGCUGCGCUCGGAGCUGGAGCUGCUCCGCCACACCCUGCACGACGUCACCCAGGUGCUGGGGACAGCCCGGCCCUGCCUCGUUUCCCUCUUUCCUUGA